AUGUCAAGCAGUGACCGCCAGGUCGAUUCAGAGGCCAAUUCAGAGGCCUCACCGGUCAUUGCGCCGGAUGUUCCGGGGCCUGCGAACGAUGCCAAUGGAGCCAAAGCAAGAAGACGCCGACGGCCGGCCAACUCGGAAAACCCGGCGAAGAAUCAGAUGUUCUACUUUGUCGACUCGAGCUCGUCCUCAAAGGAAAAACGCGCCCACGUUAUGCGACACCACGUCCAAGAGAAACGAAAGCAACGCAAGAUGUCUCACGGCACGAUACCCCCGGAGCAGAUCCAAGAAUUGAACUCCUGGCAGGCCAGGGAGGACCCGGCGUAUAGUACAGAUAAUAAGCAGGAUGUCACAUCGGCCCACGCAGGAGCAUCGAUCGAGCAGGACUCUUCGCUUCCCAUCCGAUUUUCGCCAGUCAAGCCAUACGCGCAAUCAGCACCUUUGGAACUCAUCGCGCCGAGGACGAUCGAUAUAUCUCGAAGGGAUCCACUCUCAAGUGUCCCAUUUACACAGAGCCCCGAAGAUGCGGAACUUGCCGAGUAUUGGACGAGCAAGUUACAAUACUGGUCGGGUCAGAACACCUACAUAAAAGACCAGAUGUUUAGAACCGCCAUGGGGCACCCAGUUGCUUUCCAGGCGGUCAUCCUGACUUACUGUGCCCGGUGGAAGGGUCAGAUUCAUGAAACCCCGGACAGCAAGGAAGUUCAGCGAUAUGUUUCCCAGGCGUUAAAGAAUAUUCAGGAUGCGACUACGGGGGCAUUACCGGUCAACGAAGAUUACCUAGCUAUGGCCCUAGCGGGCAUGGCUCUCGGGGAGGAUCGAUUCGGACAUAACCCAGUAGCUCAAGGCUACCUGGAUCAUGCCGUACGAAUCAUGCGUCCGCGCGCUGGCAUUAAUCUUCCGGUGGAAGCAUUCGUCCAUUAUGUUCGGCUCAUUGUGCCACCACCGGCACUUACAGAGGUUGCUUCGAGGGCCCCGCCAUGGUCAGUGGCGUUUCUACGCGCCGCCGAAGAUAUUAUGCGACAACACAGCACCCCAGAGUUUCUUACACAUGCACCGCAUAGACGCGACGUAUUUCAAAUGGAGUGUCCACUCUUCUCCUUACUUUCGAGUGGACCACGGCCCUCACAAGUGCCACACGCGUCGCGCAUGUACGUGGUCCGUGACCCUCAAACUCAGGAAGUCAGUCGGACGGCUGCUCUUAUCUAUAUCACUGCCGCUCUGUGGGAAUUCAAAGACUCGGCCGAUAAGACUGUGAGGUUUUUGAUCUAUCUCAAUGCCCUAGUCGCACAACAUCAAUUGGACCGACACCCGGCCUGCGAAACUCUACUGUGGCUAUUGCUCGAACAAGGUUGCGAGCCCGACCUACGAAACCCUGAGCGUGCAUGGUCAGUGGGUGAGAUGGUAAGAUCCCAUCGACAGCUCCGACCGGAUCUUCAGUUUCAUUUUAACGAGAUCUUGAUGAGCUUUUUGACACUACGCCCUCCGAUCCGCGGCGUGGACAUGUUCCAAGGGGACGUCCAGUUAAAUACAAGUAGCCAUGUACAAUGA